GUGGAACGGCCGCACCACCAGCACGUACAGAUGAAUGACAGCUAUGUAACAAUCAUGGGAGUUUUGAAUCAUUGGCUCAGACAUCCUCACACGGUAAGCAAGACUGCUUGUAGCAGCAACAUAAGUGUAUCGAAUAGCUAUGGUCCGUCCGGGACAAUUUGUGCAUUCUCGUUUUGGGCGAUCAAUUUUUUAAUCAUGAGAUGGGAGUUGAAACAACGAUGUUCGUGAUCGCCUCGCCUCGUCGAGCUACGUCGAUAGCUGCAGAGUUUUUUUUUUUGAGAAAAUGCGACAUUUUCGGCCAAAAUGAUCCAGGGUACCCCCAAUUCAUUCCGCGGAACCCCCGAAUUAUACGGCGGAAUGCCCUAGCUAGCUCCGUGGUGGCAUAUCGGAGAGGAAAAGGUCUCCAAAAUCCAGUUUUUCGUCGAGAACUUCCUUGUAUUUCACUCGAAUCAAAAUCGGAAAAUUUUCGAGGUCUGGGGAAUUCCGAGAGCUGUCGAAAUCCGGUCUCAGAAUUGUGUUCUGAUAAACAGACACCCCCAGGAAAAAGGAAUCCGAGAUUUCCGGUCAUUUGCUGAUAAAUGACGAACAAAAAUAAACGGUUUCCACAGGGACACGCGCCUGGAGACAGGGUGUUUCCCGGUACUUUCAUUUUUCGGAACAACCCCCCCACCCCGGAGAAAAGCUGACGUAAGUGCAGGUCGGAAUUAUGGACAAAUUGUCCCAGACGGACCAUUAUAAUACGUUGUAUUUGUAUCGAAACAACAAUGCUGGUUGCUGCGACGCCGAUAGCCGCGUCAAAAACGUAGGUACGUAGACUAGAGUGCCAUACAUACACUGCUGUAUGUGGUGUACUGAUGUACAGAGGUAGCAUCGCAGAGAAUAACAAGGCGAUUACCACCGCAGAGGAUUAGACGGAGACAAGAAAAAUACUUGACCAUCACCAGGGGAAGGAAAAUCUGUUCUUCUGCAUAUAUCCGCCUUUCUUUGGGGAUCAACGUAAAUUGAUGUCACAGCAGGCAGCAGGCAGGUAAUCCAGGGAAUGCUCUAGUUACACGUCGAUCUCGCUGCUGGUACGACACCCUUUGUUUGCGGUAGGAUAUUCUAUUGGUUCUAGUUUGGUAUUGCAUGAUGCCUCGGCAGCGGCAUGUCCUAGCUAGUAACUUUUUUACUAUUACCGGGUGGCUUCGCACGGAGGUACUCCGGUGCAUCAUGGCCAGCCAGCGUGUUUCGCACUGCAGCAGCUGCAGCUGUAUACUUGACGGCACAAGUGCAUGCCUGUUUUUUUUUUUACCAUGGUGUCAUUUUUCACAGCAUCGGUGGCUCGCUUCGCUUGUACAAUAGGUUUAAAAUUAUACUGAUGCCUACCGAUACCAAGGUAUCAAGAUCGGACGGACAAUGUGAUGGAAGUAGCAAAUAUCGUUGGCUCAUCUCGCCUCGCCUAGGCUUCGAUGCGCGUUCAAGAACACAGCCGAGUGUUCGUCCUCCACUGCCGUAACGACAGGGCAAGACAGGCCACUGCCAGAGAGCGAGGGCGAAAUCCUCUCCUCGACACGCCUUGCCCCACCUCAAGUUCGCCCUUCAAGACUCGUUUGGGGGCGGGCAUUUUUUUCGUACGACUGCCGUUCGUCCUCAAGUGCAGCGUAAUUUUCGGCUUUCCCCUCCCUGCCCGUGACGUUAACAUGGCGUGUGCUUUUCUCCGCACAUCGGAGAGAGGCGUUCAU